ACACUCUUUAGUGAUCUCCCUCAUCUUCGCUUUGAAAAUGGAGCUCUAAAAAAGUCUUCGUCUUCCUCGUUAUCAUUCACUUUCCCGCUGACCCAUUUCGAUUCACACUCCUUUUCAACCAAAUUUCAAAUAAAAAUCGAUUCUUGAGAUGGACCCAGCAGCCCUCGACCGGAUAAUCGAACGGUUAAUCGAAGUUCGAUCGAACAAACCCGGAAAGUUGGUUCAGCUGUCAGAGGCUGAAAUCAAACAGCUUUGUCUUGUCUCUCGUGAUAUCUUUAUCAAUCAGCCUAAUCUCCUUGAACUUGAAGCCCCUAUCAAGAUUUGUGGUGACAUUCAUGGACAAUACAGUGACCUCUUAAGACUCUUUGAAUAUGGCGGGUUCCCUCCACAAUCCAACUAUCUUUUUCUGGGCGAUUAUGUGGACCGAGGCAAACAAAGUUUAGAAACAAUAUGUCUUCUUCUCGCUUACAAAAUCAGGUACCCAGAAAACUUUUUUCUUCUAAGAGGAAACCAUGAAUGCGCUUCCAUAAAUAGAAUCUAUGGAUUUUACGACGAAUGCAAACGACGAUUCAAUGUGAAGCUAUGGAAAGCGUUUACCGACUGCUUUAACUGUCUACCCGUUGCGGCUCUUAUUGAUGACAAGAUAUUGUGUAUGCACGGGGGAUUGUCCCCCGAUCUUUCUAAUUUGGAUCAAAUUAGAAACUUGCCACGAUCCACUGCGAUUCCCGAUACGGGUUUGCUUUGUGAUUUGUUGUGGUCGGAUCCUUGCAAAGAUGCUAAAGGAUGGGGGAUGAAUGAUCGGGGAGUUUCGUAUACUUUUGGGCCUGAUAAAGUAUCCGAGUUCUUAACGAAUCAUGAUCUUGAUCUUGUUUGUCGGGCCCACCAGGUUGUGGAGGAUGGUUAUGAAUUCUUUGCGGACAGACAGCUUGUGACCAUAUUUUCCGCCCCAAAUUAUUGCGGCGAAUUCGACAACGCAGGUGCAAUGAUGAGCGUUGACGAGAAUUUAAUGUGUUCGUUUCAAAUCCUUAAACCUGCUGAGAAGAAAAAUAAGUUCUUGAUGUCCACAAAGAUGUAAGUGUGAGCAGAAGAAUGUUGAGGGGAUGGUUCAUGGGCCUAGACAAUGAUCAAUAAUUCAAUAUUUAUGUUUUUGAAGCUAUUUUAUCAAAAUUUGUCUAUAUUUAGGUUUUGGUAGUUUGCAUGUGAAUGCUUUGAUUGAUUGAAAAUGGCAAUUUGGGUGGCGUCGGUUGGUUUGGAUAUGGCAA